UGCCAGCCUCAAGAGAAUUUUGAAGCAUUGAGAACUUUUCUUUCAGAUUAUUAUCAACUCCACAGUAAUAUUCCUGAAGAAGGCAUGAAUAAAACAUCUACAAGUCCUGCAAGAAUUAAUCAUAAUGGUCUCAAAAGGCAGAGGCCUCAGACUAGCAGGCCUUGCCAAAAGUUUAAAGAGGAUUAUAAACAUCUGAAAGUCGUCUCCAAGAACAUUAAUAAGGCGAGGGAAGAACUUCAACAGGAAAAAGAUAAAAGGGAUUUCUUCUUAUUUGAAAAAUUUAAAUUUAUGGUGCCUAAAUAACAAGCAGAAGGUAAAUAAAGCAGAAGAGAUUCAGAAAAGUCUUGAAGAGAGCAAGAAGGAAAAUAUUGCCACGAAUUUACAUAUGAUGGAUUAUGAUCAUAAAGUAUCCAGAGAUGUGGCUAAACCUAAGCUAAUGACAAAGCCAUUGCUAAGUAGUAGAGGUAGUUCCUUAAAAGACAAGUUGAAGUUCUGAGAUCCUUCAGCAAAACGAAAUACAUGUAAAAAUACUCCUAUCAUCCAGAGCCCUUUGAAUGCAAAGGAGGGACAUGUCAAAGCUUUUCGUAAGGGAUUUAGGAAAUCAGAACUUGUUAAAGAAUCUUCAAUUGGGUCAAGCAAGAAUUCACCCAGGAAGGAACCUAAGAAUAAGAUGAUACAACUCAACAGUGAUUUAUCAGAGCAGUGAGACAUGGACUUCUAUGGGUGAUCAGAUAAUGCAAAUUGAUCACUUUCCAAAGCAGAACAAGAAGAAUAUGAACCUUUUAAUGGUACUAUGAAGUUGAAGAUCACACUUAAGUCAAAAGUUAUUGAGAUGUAAGUUCAAUAAUUUAUUAAUAAUAAGGGGUUUUGGGGUUUUGG